CACAACUCCAACACAAAGCAACUCGGAAUAGAGUAAUACAAAACAAACAGCGGAGCCAUUGAAGUAGCCUACAGAAAAGACUCAGAAAGACUCAGAAAUAAGUUAACUUUUUCACUGGAUAGYCUAGUGAGGCUCACUGAGUCCCACAGUCUCCACAACUUGUUUUUGUCAACCUGUGAGCACCACGGACAGGGGAAAGGGGAUUUGGGGAAUUGUAAAWCCUCUUCAAACACGUGAGACAGCACUGACCGACCGCACAGGGAUGUCUGUCCACGCMUCCUGGCUACCAGUACCGCUGCUGGUGUGGGGACUAGUGUGUACCUCAGUGCGCACUGCCCCGUUCGCGGGUAGGCAGACCGACACUCCAGAGCGCCAUUGGGAAACGCUCUACUCUCGCUCACUGGCUCGAAACCCAUGGGAAAAAAGAGAAAUCAACCGAGACGGUGACUAUCUUACAGGCAUCAAAAGACUUCGGCGUCUAUACUGCAAUGUCGGCAUUGGGUUUCAUAUUCAAGUUUUACCAGACGGAAAGAUAACUGGAAUACAUAACGAAAACAGAUACAGUCUCCUUGAGAUAUCACCUGUGGAGAGAGGGGUUGUGACGCUCUUUGGCGUCCGAAGUGGUAUGUUUCUGGCCAUGAACAGCAAAGGGAAGCUGUAUGGAUCUGGUCAUUACAARGAUGAGUGCAAGUUCAAGGAGAAUCUCUUGGCAAAUAACUACAAUGCUUAUGAGUCAGCAGCUCACCCAGGGAUGUAUAUUGGACUGAGUAAGACUGGCAAAACCAAAAAAGGAAAUCGAGUUACACCAGCUAUGACAGUGACACACUUCUUACCAAGGAUCUGAAUGACUCCAAUGAGACUGUACCUUCAACAAGGGUAGAGGAGAGAGACUGGAAACAAUGCACUUUCAAAUGUUUUUCUAGAGUGAGAUAUUUAAGUUAUUUAUUUAUGAUUCCUGAGAAUGUUUAUAUUUUGGGAAAGUGGAGUAAUGUAGAAAGAGGGGAUGAAUAAUGACAAUUGUUUUGUUUUGUGUGCUGCUAUAAGUGUCUUAAGAUGAAUGCUUUUUGAAAAUUGAUUUAGCACUUUUUUAAAGAACUGUUGUGCAGCAAAGGUUGUGCAGUAAGCAUUGUUAUCCUACUUGUACUGCUUUUAAAGGAAUUGGAGACCCACGUUUGUCAGAUUUGUGUCUCGGGCAUCAAAAAGGAAGAUGAUGAUGGCAGGUCCAAACCAUUCAGCUCAGUACUGGUCCCAUUAUUUUUUCAUUCCUAAUUGAUUUAGUGUUUUACUACCUCAUUAUGGAGAAGCAAGGAGGGAUUGUGUUGUUGUUUGUUCAGUGUCAUUUAUGUUGUUUUGUCUUUCUGAGCAUGACAUACAGUAUGACGCAACCACGCUUCUACGCUUUACAACUUAGCCGACACUGGAUAUCACUGAUGAGAUUGAAUAGAGAGGAACCUAAUCAGAGAGAGGGAAUCGGAGUUUAGAUGGCACAUCUGUUAACCCUGGUCCGAGGUUUAACUAUAUUUUUGUUGUAUGCAUGUAUGGUAAAAACUCUUUCAUAAAUAGCAAAUGCACACACAAAUGAGUGGACCCUCCUCUACUGCCACAUUAGUGAUUAUUAUAACUUUAUAUACAUAUAUAAAGUUAUCAAUGACAUUGUCACGUUGUAAGGUUUCCUGUAUUUCAAAUAUAUGUCUUGUUGUACUCAAUGCCUGCUAUGUGCAAAUGAAACCAAGAAGAAUGUCAUUUCUUGUUUGGCACGGCGGAUGCAGAAAAUGUACAUUUCAGUCUCUAUUCAGGGCUCUAUUCAGUCUGCAUCGCUGAAGRAUUACAAAUUGCCCAAUGGAAAUAUAAAGUUAAUUUCAGAUUUAGCCAACAUACUGAUGUAGGAUCUUAAUUUGAGCCAGUUUGAUACAGCAGGACAAUAAUCCUGCAGCAAUAGGAAAUGUGAAUUGUUAUUUUGAUUAUAAUUAAUGAACAUUUUUGUAGGUGUUMAUGCAUUUUUCGMAAGGGAACUUCAGAAGACUUUUUAAAKCUCAAAUACGCUAAAAGUUUAAAAUGUCUUGCAUUGCAGGAAAGGGUGGUCUAAUUAAGAUUCUACAUCUCUAUGCAGUGUUUAAUGUGAGUGCAGUCUCCGUUAACGCGGGGAAUUUGCUUUUAAAUUUCAAUCACACUUUAUUAACGCUGAACUUCCGUGGUACGGAUUGAAUAGAGCAGUAGUUGUGUUUCUUACUGUGGUCAUUAAUAUUAUCCCUUGUGAUAUUCUGCGUUCCGUUCAAAAUMAUGUUAUGUCCCCUUAUGUUAUGCAUUUCAUGUAGCCUAUACAGUAUGUAUCAACAUUAUGUCUGUAGUUUUAUACAGGUCCUGUUCAACAUUAUGGUGUAUGUGCAGUGCAUAUUAUCAAAUGACAUUA